AUGAGUACCGCACAUCAGGUGAUCACAGGUGCACUGAAUAAAGGGGAAAACGUAUACGCCACUGGUACUGUAGACGGAGCUACAUUCAUAGCGUGUGCAGUCGGUUCGGAUGUUGUAAUACUUGGCGCGGAUUUUUCGAGAGUGCAGAUAAUCCCCGGAUGUUCUCAUCAUACGGAGCAACUGGUUACCAGUGUGAGCUGCUGUCAUGACUCAGGAAAGAUUGCGGCUACCUACGGCAACAUCAUCCGGGUAUUUGAGCCAACAAGUUGCUUUCAAUAUAAUACAUUUUGGUUUCAGUCCUCGUAUUUUAUUUAUCUUACCUGCAUAUCUCGACCUGGCUCUACUGCUCCAGUAAUGUUCAGUAUAGAUCAGCCUCAAGAUGCUUGCAGUUGGGAUAUCGUAUGGUCAGUGAAGUUAGCACAACGACCCAAGUACAUAAAAUUCUCUCCUGACGGCAUGUUUCUCGCGGUCUCUGGUGAAAAUGACUAUUUGGUUAAACUGUUCUAUCAGGAAUCUGUCUUUGGUUUCGUUCCUCUCUAUCACCCAGCUCCCGUGCGUGGUUUAGAAUGGAGGCGAACAGGGAGGUACAUGCCUAGAAAGUGUAUACAAGCUGUGUUGAUGACUUGGUGUGUUGACAAUACUUCUCGUAUUUGGAAGGAAACACCACCUCCGGAAUUAGCGAUAAUUGACUUGAAUGGCGAUGGUGGCGAACCAUCAUGGGAGAGAAGUAGACCACGAAAAAUCUUUGGGAAACAUUUCCGAGUUAAGAAAACAAGGAACAAGAUUAUAAAUAAGCUUAGAGGAAUCGUGCCCGAAAAAAGGCGUCGUGGUGAGGAGCUGCCUCAUGCCUUAGGUCUAAGAGCACAGAUAGGAAAAAGUUCCUCGUUCAGUGAUUUACAAUGCCUUCACCAUUAUUACAAUAAUGUUCAGUUUCAUUUGGCCGCCACAAUCAAUGCCGAAACUGAUUGUAUGCUCGUCCCCUCUAUGGAGAACGGUGGUGUGCUUCAGAAACCACUUUGUGUACAUUGGUUGAAUAACAAAGAAUUGGUGUUUAGCAUUGGAGCUGAAAAGUUGCUUGCCGAAAGUGCAUUUUUUUUAGGAUUGGCAACUAUGAGCCCCUGUGAUAAUGCGGAGAAUGAGAGUCCUCCUACGAAUGGUCAGAAUGAGAAAGUGGAAUCUACAAACAAUACAUUUGGGAGUGUUUGUUCUGAAUCCCUAUCUUCGAAAGAUGUUCUCGACGUCAAGUUAGAGAUUUUACUGAGGCAGUGGAGCAGGUCUAACGAUGUGUUGUUUACCAUCCACCCCGUCGACGGCAGUCUUUUAAUUUGGACCGUUGAAUGGCUGGACGAUCUGCACCGCCAACCUGUUAUUUCGUUCACAUCACGAUUUCCUUCGGCUUUUCCUAUAACUGAUGCAUCCUCUCUCCAUCCCACCCUCAAUACGUUCAACCCUCAUGAGCCUAUUUAUGUUGACGUGCUUCGAAGAGAAGAAGGAAAGGAUCCAGGUCUUCUGGUUUUCAUUUGGCACACAUUUGCUUUUGUUGCUGAUAUAGUUAUAAACCAGGUGUGGCUUCCUAGCUGUUUCAAUCUUGUGGUUGCCCAUCCUGUGCUUCCACUUCUUCUGACGACAUCGCAAUUCCGAAGUGGUGAAAUAGUUGAAAAUACUUGUGCGCUAUCUGAGGUUGUUUUGUGGAAAAUUGCUCCAGUUGGUCCGUUGUGUAAGAGUGGCGGCGUAAAAGAGCUAGCACGUGUCGCUAAUCCUUCCCGUUCUGGAUUUGAUCGUCUUGGAUGGAUUCCUGUCAUUCUUCCGAGCUACACUCUGGGAACUGUAUGUAAUUCUCCUUCGUCUUGUUUCAUUGCAAGUGAUGGUCGGAAUCUUGUCAUAUACCAGGCGGUUGUUGAUGCUAGCGAACUGCUGGCUGAAAUCUAUAAUUCUACUCGCCAAAAAAAGUUCACCGACUUUUUGUUACGUCUUGUUUGUUACCAUCACAGUGUUGGCCUUCUUCAACAGUUUAAUGUUGUGUCAACUCAGUCAACCGCCAAACCAGGAUGUGUAUUGGAAGUUGGACAGAUUCCCAAUGUUGUUCAGCCCGAUUCUGAACUUCUUCUGCUACAUGUUUUUCCUGAGCGUCUCGUGAUCAACGACGGUGAAAACAAUCUUGACGACAAUCAAGGUCGCAUUAGUAGCGUCGUGGAUCGUAGCAAAGCGGCGGUCUUCAACGAUCGUUACUUUGUUGUAAUCAUAGAGCAUGGGAGCGAAUACGAAAAUUUCAUCAUGUACUCAGUCGUUAUUUCUUCGCAAAGGCCUCGAAUAGUUUCUCAUUUUGGUCAGUUUUUUCCACUUUAUGAUAGUUGA